AAUGAAAAGGACGAAGAACUGACCACAAAGGUCUACAUGAACCAGGAGUGGAUCGACUAUCGGCUCACCUGGAACCCAGCCGAAUUUGAAGGCAUCACGGCCAUCCGAGUUGGUGCUGAUGAAGUGUGGCUCCCGGAUAUCGUUCUCAUGAACAACAACGACGGCGUCUUUGACAUUGCUCUCAGCGUGGACGUCCUCGUGCACUAUACCGGGAGGGUCCAGUGGCAGCCCCCAGCCCUUUAUCGGAGCAGCUGCAGGAUCCAGGUUACCUAUUUCCCGUUCGACUGGCAGAACUGCACGAUGGUCUUCCGCUCGUACACGUACGACGCCUCCCAACUCACCCUCCUGCACCCCGUAAAUGAGAAGGGGCAGGAGGUGAAGGAGAUCCUGAUAUAUGAAAACACGUUUAUCGACAAUGGACAGUGGGAGUUCCAGCACAAACCGUCCCAAAAGAACACUCGUCCGGGAGAUUCGCUCUACGAGGACAUCACUUUCUACCUCAUCAUCCGCCGUAAACCGCUCUUCUACCUCAUCAAUGUCAUCAUACCUUGUAUCUUGAUCACAAUCCUGGCCAUCUUCGUGUUUUACCUCCCGCCGGAUGCCGGCGAGAAGAUGACACUCUCCAUCUUCGCGCUCCUCACCCUCACCGUCUUCUUGCUGCUGUUGGCCAAAAAGGUCCCGGAGACCUCCCUGGCGGUGCCCAUCAUCAUCAAGUACCUGAUGUUCACUAUGAUCCUGGUGACGUUCUCUGUCAUCCUCAGCGUGGUCGUCCUCAACAUUCAUCAUCGCUCGCCCAGCUCCUACAAGAUGCCCUUCUGGGUGAGGCAGGUAAAGUCCUCCUGCGGGGUCCCUUGGAGCUGGG